AUGACCCGAUCCUUCGCUUACGCUGGAAGCAUUCCCUGCCAGAAUACGCCAGAAUACGGCACUAUUUCGCUGCGGCCAACAACUAGCGCAUUUGUAGGCAAGAAUUGUUGUCGAUUGUUCCUUCGAGAGACUCCGAUUUGGGCUAGUGCUAAGGGGUGUUCCCCGAUCCCUGCCUUGGCUUAUUGCAAUAAGCUUAUGUGAAGGCCAUCUUGUAUUUUGGGUUACCGCUCGUUUUUUUCGCUCAUGGAUCGUUGCAACCCUUCGCGGCGUGUAACACCACCCGUACCCCAACUCGUACUCGACUAAAACACGAGAGACAACACUUGUUUCCUGCGCAUCAGCCCUCUU